UGAACCAGGUGAGCGGGAGAACUGGUGCUGGCGCCUCCAGUCCGGGCUGGAGCUGUGGAGCAUAGCAACCCAGCGGGCUCCAGCCACCUCCUCCAGCCACCGCCCCCAGCCUCCUCCUCCUCACCUCCCUUAUAUUUGUUUCGUUUUGUGCAGCAGCUGGGCAUGAAGACGAGCUGGCAGUUCGUGGACGUCCUGGGCCUGGACGCCGAGCUGCUGGCCAUGGUGCCGAGCCCCACGUGCGCCGUGCUGCUGCUGUUCCCCAUCAGUGACAAGUACGAGGCUCACCGGCGCGAGGAGGAAGAGAGGCUUCGGGCGGCCGGCCACGACGCCCCGGCCUCGGCCUACUUCAUGCGGCAGACGAUCGGCAACGCGUGCGGAACCAUCGGCCUCAUCCACGCCAUCGCCAACAACCAGCACCGCCUGGGCUUCGUGGAAGGCUCGUCUCUGAAGAAGUUCCUGAGCGACACGGCCGCCAUGAGUCCGAGCGAGCGAGCAGAGAGACUCGAGCAAGACCAGAGCAUCCGCGCGAGUCACGAGUCGAGUGCCCACGAGGGACAGACGGAGGCGCCAAGUGUGGACGAGAAGGUGGACCUGCACUUCAUCGCGCUGGUGAACGUGGACGACUCUGUCUACGAGCUCGAUGGCAGGAAACCCUUCCCUAUAAACCACGGCAAAACCAGCAGCCAGACCUUCUUGGAGGACGCGGCCAGCGUUUGCCGCCGUUUCAUGGCCAGGGACCCGGACGAGGUUCGCUUCACCGUCAUUGCGCUGUCGGCCGCCCCGUGAGCCCGGCCCGGGUGGCGGGGUGGCGUGGCCGGCCGGCGUGACCCUAGCGCUCCCCCGCGGUCGUUGCUUGACGACGCUUGCGCGACGAGGGGCCAUUGUCGGUCGCAUCGGCGGGACGGUCGCCCGUAGCACGUAGCACGGGGAGAGGGGGGGGGGCCUGUGCCCCCUGUGGCCCCUGUGCCCCCUGUGCCCCCAGACCUACCUCGCGAUAGGGAAUGGAUUUGAGGCCCCCCCAGCCUUUGACAGGAGCGAUUUCGUUGUUGUUGGGCAGAGGGGUGCCCCCACUAAGGACGGAGUAACUGUGGGUGGGGGAGGAGGCAUGGGGGGGGGUGGCCAUGGAAGUGGGUGCGUCUCUCUGCGCCACUGCGUUGUUUACGCGGUGUGAAUAAAAUGCAUUGAAAACGUU